AUGGAUCUCAAUCUCGAUGCACCGCACUCCAUGGGAACGACCAUCAUCGGCGUCACUUACAAUGGAGGUGUCGUCCUCGGAGCCGACUCCCGUACCAGCACCGGGAUGUACGUAGCGAAUCGGGCUUCAGAUAAGAUCACACAGCUCACUGACAAUGUCUACGUCUGCCGUUCUGGAUCGGCUGCUGAUUCUCAGGUUGUCUCGGACUAUGUUCGCUACUUCCUUCACCAGCAUACAAUUCAGCUGGGGCAGCCUGCAACCGUAAAGGUUUCUGCCAACCUUAUCAGGAUGCUUGCGUAUAACAACAAGAACAUGCUGCAAACCGGCCUUAUUGUUGGUGGCUGGGACAAAUAUGAAGGCGGGAAGAUCUACGGGAUCCCUCUCGGUGGAACAGUAGUGGAGCAACCAUUUGCUAUUGGAGGCUCUGGUUCGAGUUACCUCUACGGGUUCUUUGAUCAGGCCUGGAAAGAAAACAUGACCAAAGAAGAAGCCGAGGAACUUGUUGUGAAGGCGGUUUCACUUGCCAUCGCCCGUGAUGGAGCCAGUGGUGGUGUUGUACGAACUGUCAUAAUCAAUGAAGAGGGAGUGACGAGAAAUUUCUACCCAGGAGAUAAGUUGCAGCUUUGGCACGAGGAGUUGGAGCCACAGAACUCUCUAUUGGAUAUUCUGAACGCUGCUGGUCCUGUACCAAUGGCCAUUGACAUUGAGACGCAUGAAGUGAACGGAGUCGGAGAGACCGAGGAAGAUACAGAGAUGAGUAUCUUGUCAGGGAAAGCUGCUCACGAUGUCUUUGUGUAUGGCAGUCUCCAGGAGCCCAAAGUCCUUUACGUGCUUCUUAAUCGCGUCCCUGACCGUGUCUCCGCCAUUCUAUCCGGCUUUCACAGGUUUAGACUCAAAGGUCGUAUUUAUCCAACGAUUCUACCGGACGGUACCAAACAAGUCACCGGAAAGGUGCUAAAGGGAAUAACAGAUGAUGAACUGAAGUUGUUAGAUGACUUUGAGGAUGUUGAAUAUGACAGAAAGUCUGUUCAAGUGGUGCUUGCGGAUACUUCAGAGAAGAUGCACGUAGGAACAUAUGUAUGGAGGAACAAGGAUGAUCCGGAUCUUUAUGGAGAAUGGGAUUUCGAGGAAUGGAAACGACGUGACAGUGAAGAUUUCAUAACAGCGACCAAGAAAUUUAUGGAAGAGAGGAAAUUACCAGAAGCGAAGACUAGGAUCGACACUUUCAAAACAUUCUUUAAGCAGGAGCAUACCGAGAAUGGGAAAGUUAUAGAUUCUUGA